CUUUAACUGCGGUUUUAAGAAAGAAAAAAAAAACAUAAAAAAAGCCCAACCACAUCACUGCUUUUGUAGACAGUUACACCCUUUCGCCACUUAGCGUUGGGUUAGUUAGCUUAUCCGGCUAGCCGGUUUAGCUUGCCUAGUCAUUGCCGGUAGCUAGCUAGCACUAGUUUCCCAGCAUUUAAAUGUCAAUUAGCAAAAACAACUGUCAAACAUAUGAGUGGUUUUACUUGCUGUUACUGAACGCACGCGACUGUCAAUGGCAGGAUUAUAUGUAGGUUGCCAGAUCUUGUGGAGGCUCGUGUGCCGGUUAAUGUAUAGAGUAAAAAGGGUGAAACUUGAAGACGAAAACGAAGGAAGUUGGAAAAGUUUUGCAGCUGUCAAGAUGACCGCAGUAGAUGACCUUUCAGACAGCACAGAAGUGGUGGAGAUGGAAGAUGUACCUUCACAGUUUUUUGUGGAAAAGCACUCGUGGGAUGGCCUGCGCGAGAUCAUCCAUGGAAGUCGGAAAUACUCUGGAAUGAUCAUCAACAAGGCUCCCCACGACUUCCAGUUUGUACAGAAAAAUGACGAGUUGAGCCCUCAUUCUCAUCGGCUGUACUAUCUUGGUAUGCCGUAUGGGAGCAGGGAAAACUCAUUACUGUACUCUGAAAUUCCAAAGAAGAUCAGAAAAGAAGCCCUUCUGGUUUUAUCCUGGAAACAGAUGUUAGAUCAUUUUCAGGCAACUCCCCAGCAUGGUGUGUACUCGCGGGAGGAGGAGCUCCUUCGCGAGAGGAAGCGUCUCGGUGUGUUCGGCAUCACAUCCUACGACUACCAUGCGCAAAGCGGCCUUUUCCUCUUCCAAGCUAGUAACAGCCUUUUCUAUUGUCACGAUGGUGGGCAUAAUGGCUUCAUUCAGGCAGCACCCAUGAAGCCUGUAGAGAUUAAGACCCAGUGCUCAGGGAUUCGCAUGGACCCCAAGAUCUGUCCUGGCGACCCCAGUUUUAUCGCAUUCAUUAACAACAACGACCUGUGGGUGACUAAUAUUGAAACCAGAGAGGAGCGAAGGCUGACCUUUUGUCAUAAAGGCUUGAAUAAUGUAAAGGACGACCCAAAGUCAGCCGGUGUCGCGACCUUUGUGAUUCAGGAGGAGUUUGAUCGCUUUACUGGUUACUGGUGGUGUCCAGCCGUUUCUGAAGAUGCAGAUGGAGGUAAGACCGUGCAGUUGCUGUAUGAGGAGGUGGAUGAGUCUGAGGUAGAGAUCAUUCACGUACCUUCCCCGGCACUGGAGGAACGCAAAGCAGAUGUCUAUAGAUACCCCCGCACUGGGAGUAAAAACCCUCAAAUCAGUUUAAAACUGGUAGAGAUUCGAACUGAUGCGAAUGGCGAGAUUGUGAGCACACAAAACAAGGAGCUUGUUCUGCCUUUCAAUACUCUUUUUCCUGGGGCUGAGUACAUUGCACGGGCUGGCUGGACAAGAGAUGGCAAAUACGCGUGGGCAGUGUUGCUGGAUCGCAGUCAGCAGAAGCUGCAGCUGGUUUUACUGCCUCCUGCUCUGUUUCUGUCUGUGAGCCCGGAGGAGCCACAGUGGGAAGAGCAUGUGGCAGCCAUGCCUGAAGGAGUACAGCCCUAUAUCAUUUACGAGGAGGUGACGGAUAUCUGGAUCAAUGUCCACGAUAUAUUCUAUCCUUUCGUUCAAACCAGUAAUGAUGAGAUCACCUUCCUGUGGGUGAAUGAGUCAAAAACAGGCUUUUGCCAUUUGUACAGAGUAACAAGCCUUCUCCAGCCAGGUUGCCACCAGUGGAGUAGAGACUACAGUCCCUCUGAAGAUGAUUUCAAAUGUCAAAUAAAAGAAGAGUUGACUGUAACCAGUGGAGAGUGGGAGGUGCUAGCUAGACAUGGGUCAAAGAUCUGGGUAAAUGAAGAGACAAAGUUGGUGUACUUCCAAGGCACCAAAGACACGCCCCUGGAACAUCAUUUAUACGUAGUAAGCUACGAAUCUCCAGGAGAGAUUGUCCGACUGACCAAGCCAGGCUUCUCACACAGCUGUUCGGUUAGCCAGAACUUCGACAUGUUCAUCAGCCACUAUAGCAAUGUGAGCACCCCUCCCUGUGUUCAUGUCUACAAGCUGGUUGGUUCCGACAGCGACCCUUUACACAAAGAGCCCGAGUUUUGGGCCAGCAUGAUGGAGGCAGCAGGUUGCCCAGCGGAUUACGUUCCUCCCGAGAUAUUUAGUUUUCCAGCAAAGUCUGGUUUUGAGCUAUACGGAAUGUUGUACAAACCACACAACUUGAAGCCAGGCAAAAAACACCCUGCAAUCCUGUUUGUGUAUGGUGGCCCUCAGGUGCAGUUAGUGAACAACUCCUACAAGGGGGUGAAGUAUUUGCGUCUGAACACUUUAGCAUCUCUAGGUUAUGCGGUGGUCGUUAUUGACGGAAGAGGCUCGUGCCAGAGGGGGCUAAAGUUCGAGGGUGCUUUAAAAAACAAAAUGGGCCAGGUGGAGAUCGAGGACCAAGUGGAGGGUCUUCAGUAUGUAGCUGACAAGUACAAAUUUAUAGACUUAAGUCGCGUGGCAAUUCACGGCUGGUCUUACGGAGGAUUCCUGUCCCUCAUGGGCCUCAUUCGCCGACCUAAUGUGUUCAAGGUGGCGAUAGCUGGAGCUCCAGUGACGGUGUGGAUGGCGUAUGACACCGGCUACACAGAGCGCUACAUGGAUGUGCCUGAAAACAACCAGCAGGGCUAUGAAGCAGGUUCUGUGGCUCUGCAUGUGGACAAGCUUCCAAAUGAGCCAAACCGAUUACUAAUCUUACAUGGGUUCCUCGACGAGAACGUGCACUUUUUCCACACCAACUUCCUGGUGUCUCAGCUUAUCCGUGCAGGGAAGCCAUAUCAGUUACAGAUCUAUCCCAACGAGAGGCACAGCAUCCGCUGCCCGGAGUCCGGUGAGCACUACGAGAUCAUGCUGCUACACUUCCUCCAGCAACAUCUCUGAUAAGAGCUGCAAUUUGCUGGGACAGUCUCCAGUCUCCGCCCACUUGUGUUCAACUAAUCACAGUCCAACAACUUCGAACAGCUAUGAAAUAACAGCUGAGGGCGGAACUCUUUUCCCUAAAUUUUCAUUCAUCCAUUUUCCUUCUGGAAACUCUGUCCCAGGAACAGAUUUUUCCCAAAAUUUGAGCAUGUCAGCAGUUUUAGCAGAUUUGAAGACAAUGUUUGAGGGCAAGGGGUGACAACACUCCAACAAAAGGAGCCCUGUAGCUCAUGAACCUCUGAGCAACUUUUUUGAUUUUGCAGUUUUGUGCCACAUCUAGGUAAUAUAUCUUCCCUCCCUUCAGUCCCCUUCUAAAAUUGAAGAAGUUGCCAAAUUUUUUUUAUUUCUUCCUAGUGGCCUAACAGACUUCAUACUUUUUUCUCCCCUCACAUAUGGAGAAACCUCUUAUCUCCUGGUUAACACAUCAUUUUAACUUAAAGCUCUUCUGUUCUACAAAUACAAUUGUGGUUAUGUGCAACCUGGAUUAUGAUGUGGCUCUUGCGUAAAGAAACCUCACACUACUACCUGCGAUUCGUAUUUUAAGUGUGUAUUAUUAAAGGAACAUAUUUUUUAUGAA